AUUCAUCGCUCGGCGUAGUAGUACCAGCACGCGUACGACCUCGGCGAGGCGCUACGUUCUCUCUCUCUACGAUAUUGUGUACAUAUACUAUACGAUUGUGUGUAUGUGUAGUGUAUAUACAUGCAGCAACGCAUACUCGCGCGUAGACGCGAUACUACAGCAGCGUAUAUACGCAAAUCCAUUCCGCCGUCGAUGUAAACAACAAUUUUUUGUGUACGCUAUCUGCCGUUGCGGAGUGCGACUUCUAGGUGACGCCAACCGACUCCGAUUCAAAACUCGUUCCAUUUUCACCAGUGUUUCGCGUUUUUCUGACUCCGACCGGUGUUCGUGCAGCGUUCGAUCGACAGUGUUUUCGACCCUUCGUUAAUGAACGGAUGAACUUCAGCUUGGCGUCGCUUCAUAACCCCCGCACCGUUGCAUAUCAACAAACGGCCUAGUGAGUUUACGUUCCGCGGGGUGAAGCUCGUUUUUCACGAUUGAAAGUUCAAUGAAAAUCUCGUGAUCAUCAUCGACUCAGUGAGACAAAGUUAUGAAUGCCGAGGCUCCGUACGGAACCGCGACGCAGAUAGGACAUUUCCAAGGGAUUGUCGAUCCAAAGAGGCGGAGAUGUAAAGAGCGUCGCGACGACUAUGGAUGCUACUACUGGUUCAAGUUUCGAAGAUAAGAAUCACAAUGACGAGCAGUCGCAGCAGCCCAGUAGUCAGGAGCAAUCAUGCCAGACAAACUCCAUAACCAGCACUUGGCACCUUGUCAACACUGCGACUGCAGCUGGCACGGGUAGCAUAGCUGCAACCGUUGGCCAAGUCAAGUUUCAAACCAGGGCCACGAGCAGCAGCCAAUUGCUCUCCUCUCAAGUUAUGGAGUAUUAUCAGAAGUACUCGCAGAAUUCAAAUUUGAAUCAGUAUUUUUCCUUGUCUGGUAGUACUUACAGUAAUGGCACAGGAGCCACCAAGUAUUACUACAAUUUUUACGAUUUAAAUCCCAAGUACCUACCUGGGAAACAAAGCUGUAUUGAAUCUGAUCACAGAGUUCAAGGAUUCAAUCCCAAGGAAAGAAGACGCUGGGUGAGACCACCAUUGGAUGGUCAAUCUUCUACAGAAAAUCCUUGUGCUCUUAUUAAGUCGAUGCCGAUAUGGCCUGAAGCGACGCUUAACGCAGCUAGCCAAGCUGUGAUAAGUGUGGACACUCUCGACAACGUGGAAAGAGACAAGGAUCAUCCCGCCCCGAAAGUCAACAGUAGCAGCGGCGGCGACUGCAAGGGCAAGUCCGAGCUCGUUUCCGACUCCUCGUCGAACGUCAUUUUGACGAGCAUCGAGUCCGACGCGACGAAGGCACCCUCGCCCACGUCCAGCGUAGCCUCGCAGAAACCGCCCCUCGAAUGGGACAGCGGGGCGGACGUCGGUUACGCCACGGAUCUUCAACUGCACCGUCAUCGCAUCAACAUUAGCACCCUCGAGCGCAUGGCGCUCGAACGCGGCUGCUCGGCUGCCCUGAGGCUCGACCCCGAGGGCACGACUGAACAAUUCCAACAGCAACAACAACAACAACCACCGACUACAUCUACACCACUUCCGAAACAACAACAACAACCGCAACAACCACUGCAACAGCAGCAGCAGCAACAACAGCAACAACAACAGCAGCAGCAACAACAAUAUCAAUCAAGUAACAAUUCAGAAUCUCAGGCUACUGUUACAGGAACUAGUAUGGGCAUAACGCGGGGCAACGGUAUGAUGAUCGGUAUGAAACCGGACGCUAGCUCGACACCUAUGCUAACUACUAAAUCGAGUAGCGAGAGCGAAAUCGAAAUAACACCGAUAGUAAAAACUUUGAACUUUCCUGCUCCGACCAUAACGGAAUUGAAAAAUAACGAGGAUGAAGCUAGUUUAAAUACGAGGAAAAACAUUGUUAAGGAACAAUUGAGACAACAAAUCGAUACUCCAAAAUCGACAAAUCCAGUAUUCAAACUUCCUCUGUCACUCAAGUACGUAGCCGACGACUCGAGUAUCAAAAGUUCUUGCCGAUCGGUCAAUAAAUCAUCAGCUCCAGCUUCGGUUUCCAUUCCAAUUUCUUCGUCGCUUAGUGAUAGGAAUUCACCCUUAAAAAAGAGUUCUUCUAUGAAUCAAUUGCCGCAAACUAAGGAAUCACUAAAGCGCAGCAACAGCGAUUUAAAUCUUUGCUCUGGCACGAGUAAUCCUUCGAAGUUUGUUUUCCAUUCAUCGUCGUCAAUAGCGACGGUUGUUAAUAAUAAACCCGCAAUGUGCAAUAAGCUAAUACAAACAAGUAUCAGGCCAUGCACUCAAGAGUCAAUUGGAGUUCAAGUAUCUGUACUCAAGGAAGAGGAAAAACCAGAUAUACCUCAAAGAGCAGCUAGCUUAGCUCACAGAUCUUUGAAUUCAAUUUUGAAGACUCCAAAGAGUACAUAUAAAGUUUUGAAUCCGAAAAAUUCCGGUUCAAGAGAACCAUCAACAUCCAAAGAGAACGAUUCCAAUGACAAUGAUAGCAGUUCUGAAUCUUCAAAUAAUAUUCGAAUGACUCCGUUAGCCGACGAUACUGAAAAUGUCACUGGACGAGCAAACAGUUUCGAGUACUUCCCGGGGCACGUUUAUGAAAAUGUUCCUAAUGGAAGCACUAGUCAAGUUUCAUCAGUUGACACGGGAAGAUCAAACUCGACGAUGCCCAACACAAGCUCGAGCAUUGAUGAAAAACUCUGGGGCGAUUCCGGUAGUCUUGUGCACGAUCUCGAGCGAAGUGUUCAAAUUCUCAAAACUCUUGUGGAUGCGAACAAAUUGGAUAAACAAGUGAAACGUCGUCUCAUUCAUCACGUAGUGAAGCGACUUGUCACAGCCAAGUAUACAGAUGAUAAAAUUGAGCAUGAUCUUGAAGCUAAUGUACCUUGGAAUCCUGCUGAUGCCAGAAAUAAAGUAUACAGAAAUGAUAUCAUUCAAGCUUUGGCGAAAAAUACUACCGACUCAUCGGACGACUGGAAACCAACUCAGUCUCAAAAGAAAAAAAAUCCUAAAAAGUCGCUAGCUGUCAAUGAGCCUAGAACUGUCAAAGAGAUUAUACCUAGAAUAGAAAGUAGUAAUAGUGAUAAAUUUGAUCGAAACACGGACAGAACAGUUAUGGAUGGUAGAAAAGCGCGCAUGGGGUUGAGAGUUGAUGAUUGCGAGAGACGCAGUGAUAGUAAUACACCGACGCAUAAAAGCGAAAGUUCUGAGUGUUUUCUACCUCAACGUAAUUAUAACAAAAAUGAAAAAUUAAAAGAUAUGUUCAUUAGUUCAACUAGCAACAGUUCACCGCAAGAUCCUAAUCGAGUUUUGCUUGAUGCUGUCGUAAAUAAUAGGCGAAGCCUAAUGGACUCAAGCAACGAGGGAGCUCAAAGUACUGAUUGGCGCUUACCGACUACCAUGUCAGAGCGACAAUAUGAAAUGCGAAGGAGCGCUUCGGAUUCUGGUGACAGUAAACUUGUGUCUUACGUCGAAAUGGAAAAGCGUAAUCAGCUCGAUUGGAUAACUAAUGAAAUUAGUCACUUAUCGAAACUGAAAAGGCUUUUAGAAGUACAUGACUCAAGAUACUACGCUCAGAACGACAAGUCUGUAUCGCAAAAAACAAAAGAAUCGACUUCAAAAAGUCCGAAAAAAGGAUUACCAAACGGUGAUGAUUCGCACAUGAGCAGACAAUGGUCUUCGCAUUGUAAUUUAGCUACUUAUCUAACAGGCAACCCAAGUACGGUCAAAAGAUUGAAAAAAAGAAAUAGUUGCACUCAAACGGAAACAGAUACUUCUGCAGCGUAUUCAAGAACAGGUAGUGAAAUCGUGUCAGCUAGACUAUCUGCUCCAUCAAAAGUCGUUAAUGCUAACACUCAGACGACGUCAUCUCUGGUAAAUUCACACUGUUCAGUUCAUAAACGAGUGGAAUCGCCAGCCUGUACAUGUAGCGAGCAAUAUUGUCUUGUUUGUAGAACACAAAGUUUGACAGAACAAACAAAUUUGUCAAGAGACGAAGCCAAAUAUACGUGCAAUAAAGUUAAUGAUCCAAAAGAAACGAAAAAUCAAAUGAACGCGACUAAAAUUAAGUGUACGUGCAAUCAUGCUGGUAAUGCUGGCCCAAGCAAUGAUUAUGUUGCCGAAAAAAUGAAAAAAUCUGCUUCGUGUACUCAGCAUUGUUGUGGUAAUUCUAUGUGCUCGGCCUCUCAAUAUAAACAAUCCACGAGUCCUAGUCCAAGAGAAUGUGAUUGCAGUGAAAAAGUUAGAUGCUCAUUUAAUAAAAUGCAAAUUAAUGAACAAGCAAUUGGAUCUUGUAAAAAAUUAACGGAAAAAACAAAUAGUCCAAGGUGUUCAACGUGUCAUUGCAAAAAACCAUUGGAAGAAACACCUUAUAAUCAAAAAAAUUAUAACUGUCAAGCUAAUAAAAAACCCACUCCGUACUUUCUAUUAAACUCCAAUAAAGAACACCAUCCGGAAAAUUGUUGUUGCAAAGCAACCAAACCAAAAGAGAGAACAAAAACAUACGCAAGUGUCAGUCCGACGAAAAGCCCACGAUCGAUGAAUGGCUUAGCUACGAGCGACUACAAGUGUUGCCGAGUCUGUGGCAUGAUGUACCAAAACGAACGCCGCUGCAAUUGCCAAAUCAAAACCUAUCCCGAGCCCGUAGCUUUCGAGGUGUCUUUUGUGCCGGCCGAAAAAGUCCACGAGGAUGUUCGAAUGGAAGUCAAGAGCAUCGAGAACAGAAGAACAGAAGCAAGGGCAAGGCUAAUGUCGAAUCUGAUGAAUGGAUGCUCCUGCGCUGGAUCCCAGCUCACAAUUAAAAGGUGCGAAUGCGAUUGCAGACCCGCGCGUACAGCAAAAUUCAGCGGUGGGAAAGAGACAUUACAGGAAUAUUUAAAAUCAAAUAAUCCUGGUUUUGCCGAUCAUGUUGAAACUCGAAGGCAGUAUGUUUCUGAAAUACAACGUUUGCGACAACUUAGAAAAGAUAAAAGACUGAAAUUAUUAGAAAUGACUACAACGACCAAUUUGUUUAACCCUGCUAGGCCGAUUAAAGCGACCCAGCCGAUGCAAAAGAGGAUAACCGAUGAAGAAAUGAAAGUAAUAAGUAGAAAACGUUAUGCACAAAUGGAGCAGAUGCGAACUAUACGUAAACAGCAGCAACUUCAAGAAGAAGCCAGGUGUAAUAAAUUAAUGGCCAAGAUAUUUAGUAAAAAACUUCAACAAAAAGUUUUGAAAGGACAAGUUGAUCUGUCUCAAAGUGUAAGCGUUAUUUCUAAUUUGUAGCGAUUACAAAUUUUUACUUCUAAAGAGAUCAAAUCAAUGUGCCUAUGCGUUAAAACCGAAAAUGUAUUCGCCGAACCUCUAAUGUAAGAGAUACAAAGUACUUAUAGAAUUCUCCAGUUCUAAAUUAUUGUAAAUUUGAACUUUUAAUGUAAAUUAAUAGAAAAUUUAAUUUUUAGAGUUAAGAUUCAUUGGCAUAAUUAACUUUUUAAAAGUAAACUUAAUACUCCAUUCAUUCAAUGCAUUGUAAUGGUUUUAAAACAUAAGUUGAACACCAUGGAUGAACUUGAGUGAAUAAGUUAAUUUUAAUUUUGAAAUAGUGACUUAUUUUGAUGAAAUGUAUUGAGAUAAUUUCAUAGCGCUAAGGUUGUAUUAUAAAAUAUUCAUUUAAAACUACAAAUGGUCUAAGUGUGAAAAUAUUCUCUGAAGAAAAUUAUUAAUCUUAGCGAUAACCGAAGAAGACUGAUGAUAUUUUAUAAACAAAUGUUCAACGAACAGUAUAUCAAAGACAUGACAAAAAAAUUGUUUUUUAAGUAAAUUAUUUUAUUGAAAUUUAUUGUAUAAAAUAAAUUGUACGAAAUUUGUACAUAUCGGUAAUGAAAAAUAAUUUAAGAAAAUGUAUUGAGGGUCAAGGGUACCAACACAGAGUACAAGUAUGCAAUGAUAGAACAACCAUUACUGAUUUUUACAGUUUAAAUCAAGUUUUUAUUUAAGACUUGCGAAGUAUAAAACAUUCUUAUUUAUUUCAAAGUAUGAAUAUUUUUAUAGUAAAGUGUAUCAUGUAAUUAUGUAAUUCACUUCGUGGAAAUGUAUUAACAUGUAUUAUAAAUUUUAUGAAUUUGAGACACUGCCUAUGUAAAAAAAAUAAUGUACACUGAAGAUUGGUUUGAUGUAUAUAAUCCAAAAUUUAUAAACUCAAAAUUUUAUUUCAUGAUAAAAUAUUCGAAAUCGA